ACUCGAACCGUCUUUAUCACUCGAACCGUCUUUUCUCUAGUCUCCUCCCAAAAUUUCAAACUCGGCCCAGAUCCCAUCUCUCUCCUAUUGAAUUCCCAAACACUCGCAAAACCCCCCCGAUUUCACCUACAGUCCAUGGAUCUCUCUCUUCUCCUCUUCUUCUUAUUUCAAGCGAUGGCCGCAGCAACAAUCGACGAUGCUUUCGCGCCGAUUUUCUCUCCUAUCGUCGACAAGGCGUGCGAUAUAAUUAAGUGCGGGAAAGGGAAUUGCACGGUUAAUCUCAACGAGACGUUUGGAUUUGUGUGCGAAUGCGAUGAGGGAUGGAAGCAAUUUCAUAUCGGUGAUCAUCUCCGCUUCCUCCCUUGUGUUAUUCCCAAUUGUACUGUCAAUUUCUCAUGCGAGCAGUUACCAGCCCCUACUCCAGCAAUACUGCCACCUCCCACAAAUCAUUCCAUCUUCGACGCUUGUGAGUGGUCCUACUGUGGAGAAGGCACGUGCGUGAAGUCACCGGAGUCUGGGCAUAGAUGUGAGUGUAAAACAGGCUACGCCAACCUUCUCAAUGACACCGACUUACCAUGUUUCAGAGAAUGCUCAAUCGGAGCGGAUUGUGUGAAUCUUGGAAUUGGAUUGACAAAUAGUUCAUCUUCUACUUCACCGCCUACCUUCUCCGAUAGUGGUGUUGCAGCAAAUCAAGAUCCCCACAAGACAGCAAAAGGCAAGCCCCCCAAAGAUUUCACCUCCUGUUAUGGAAAGGGACCAAUGAUCAAGCAUUCAACAACAUGGAGAAAGAAAAACAAAGGCCCCUUUGGAGGUACAAGGAAUGAAAAGAUGAUGAAAUUUCUCCAACAUGAAAUAGAUACAUGCCUCUUUGGGAAUUACAGCAACCGCGCAAAAACUCAAGAAGUAGAAACAAAUCAGAAUUACUUACAGAAGAAACCAGAACAUAUGAUGGUAAAAAGGCAUCAAAUGAGUCAAUGGGUCAUGAAAGGGAUAACAUGAACAAGUGGAUCAACCUAUAUCAGUAGAAGUCAGGAGAAAAACCUUAAUGACAGGAAGUUCAAUCAGAAGAAAGGAAGCAGUGCUUUUUCCUUAAGAAAGGACAUGCUAAAGAAUUUUUAUUUCGAAAGAAAACAAAGUGUAUAGAAGAUAAUCCUGUAGGUGUCCAAAGGUCAUAUAUCAAGAUAUGGCGAU